GCCAUGCGGGAUCGCCCGGCCCCCUCCCCGCCAGAGCCAUGAGCGGCUGCCGGUACAAUGGGGGGGUGACACGGCCCCGGGGCCCCCUGAGCGCCUCCGCCCGCUCCCUGCACCCGCUCGAGGGGGAGACCCAGCCCCUGCGGCCCUGCCCGUCCCCCGGCCUCGAGGUGGUGGUGUCGCGGCCGGAGCAGCCCGGGGGUCCCGAGCCCGGUCCGGCGGCGGCCCCGGGACAGGAUGCGGCCGAGGAGCGGGGAGGGGAACCCCGGAGGAACCAGAACAUCGGGUACAAGCUGGGCCACCGGCGAGCCCUCUUCGAGAAGCGGAAGCGCCUCAGCGAUUACGCCCUGAUCUUCGGGAUGUUCGGCAUCGUGGUCAUGGUCACGGAGACGGAGCUGUCCUGGGGGGUCUACACCAAGGAGUCGUCGUAUUCGUUUGCACUGAAAUGCCUUAUCAGCCUCUCGACCCUCAUCCUCCUGGGGCUCAUCGUCAUGUACCACGCCAGGGAGAUCCAGCUGUUCAUGGUGGACAACGGCGCUGACGACUGGCGCAUCGCCAUGACCUACGAGCGCAUCUUCUUCAUCGCGCUGGAGCUCAUCGUGUGCGCCAUCCACCCCAUCCCCGGGCAGUACCUGUUUACCUGGACCGCCCGCCUGGCCUUCACCUACGCCGCCUCCGUGGCCGACGCCGACGUGGACAUCAUCCUGUCCAUCCCCAUGUUCCUGCGGCUCUACCUGAUCGGGCGCGUGAUGCUCCUGCACAGCAAACUCUUCACCGACGCCUCGUCCCGCAGCAUCGGGGCCCUCAACAAGAUCAACUUCAACACCCGCUUCGUCAUGAAGACCCUCAUGACCAUCUGCCCCGGCACCGUCCUGCUGGUGUUCAGCAUCUCCUCCUGGAUCAUCGCCGCCUGGACCGUCCGCGUCUGCGAGAGGUACCACGACAAGCAGGAGGUGACCAGCAACUUCCUGGGGGCGAUGUGGCUGAUCUCCAUCACCUUCCUGUCCAUCGGCUACGGGGACAUGGUGCCGCACACCUACUGCGGGAAGGGCGUGUGCCUGCUCACCGGCAUCAUGGGCGCCGGCUGCACCGCGCUGGUCGUGGCCGUGGUGGCCAGGAAGCUGGAGCUCACCAAAGCGGAGAAACACGUCCACAACUUCAUGAUGGACACGCAGCUCACGAAGCGGGUGAAAAAUGCUGCUGCCAACGUACUCAGGGAAACGUGGCUCAUCUACAAACACACCAAGCUGGUGAAGAAGAUCGACCAUGCCAAAGUUCGGAAACACCAGCGUAAGUUCCUCCAAGCCAUCCAUCAGUAAGUGCCAAACCUUUACCUGCUUCCUACCAGGAAUGGUGUCCCAUCCCAGAGGUUUUUCUUUUUCCCAGGAGGAGAGCUGGGUGCUUCCUCCCCUU